UGUUGGACCACAGAAGGAGAAAGAUUCAGCAAAAUGUUUAAGUUUCUUUUGACUUUAUUCUUUUUCUUGAAGUGUGUUAAUUACUUGACUUGUGCAGAAAGUAGUAAUGAAUCUGUAACAAUUGAAAAAUUAGUGAAUUCUGAACUAGAAGUUUGUGCAAAAGCUGGAUGUGUUCGUGGAAAAUUUGAAAGUGGACGUAUUAAGCCCUAUGAAGCUUUCUAUGGGAUUCCUUAUGCUGAACCUCCUAUUGGAAAGCUCAGAUUUGAGAAUCCUCUUCCCUACAAAGGGUGGCAAGGAUACUGGGAUGCUACCUACCCAAGGAAUGCCUGUAUACAAAAGAAUGUUUUGCUGAGCACAAAACCAAUCCUUGGAUCUGAAGACUGCCUAUAUCUCAAUGUCUAUCGACCUAUCAAUUGGCAGCAGAAGAAGAAGUUCUCAGUUAUGGUUUGGAUUCAUGGAGGAGAAUUAUUAUCAUUCUCAUCAAGCCCUGACCAAUUUGGGCCAGAAUAUUUAAUGGACAAUGGGGAAGUUAUCCUCGUAACUUUGAACUACAGACUUGGCUUUUUUGGCUUUCUCUGCUCAGGAGAUGCAGCUGUAAAAGGAAAUUUCGGACUAAAGGAUCAACAGUUGGCCCUUAAGUGGGUAGCAGCUAACAUUGAAUACUUUGGUGGGGAUUCUCAAUCGGUAACACUUGUAGGAAAUUCCGCAGGGGCUGCUACAGUUCACUUACAAAUGAUGAAUCCUGUUUCUCAGAAUCUCUUUCAACGCGUUGUAUUGAUGAGUGGUUCAGCCGUCAGUCCAUUGGUAUACAUUCACGACAAUGCUAGAUCGAAAUUUUGUCUAGCUGCUAAGUACAGUGGGUUAAAGGAUUGGAAUACAUCGACUACCUUCCAAUUAGCUUACCAAUUAAAGCAAUUAGACGCAUUAGUUCUCGUUGAAGCUGUGAACAAACUCUUUGCUUUCUUUGCAACACCUCCUGUACCUUUGAGACCUUGCAUAGAAGGAGACUGGGAAGGAGCUUUCCUGCAAGAGGAUCCAAGGACGAUCUGGGCAGAAGGAAGAUUUGUGCAAAAACCCAUUUUGAUUGGCAGAACAAGCAAUAAAGGCGUUCUUGCGGCAGCUAUUGCAAUUAAUGAAACUUUGCUAGGAAUAUUCAAUGAAAAUAUUGACGAAUUUCUGCCAAUUCAAUUGGACUUUCAUCCUAGAUAUGUAACGAAAGUUAUGGACUACUAUUUAAAUGGAAAAGACUACAUUGAUGAGUCUAACGUUAAAUUUUACUACAAAAUGUAUGGAGAUCGGAUCUACACCUACCCCUUGAUAAAUUUGGUUAAGCAAUACUUGAAAUACGCCAACGUUGAAGAAAAUCCAGUUUACAUUUACGAAUUUGACUUUGAGAGCUCAUAUUCCUUCUUCAAAUUCAUAACCGGAAAGAAUAUUUACUUAGGGGUAGGUCACAUAGAUGAUCUAUUCUAUCUCUUUACAAUGUCUUCACUGUUCCCGCCAAUUAAACCAGAUUCUCCGGAAGGUAAAAUGGUGGAUAUAUUUGUUAGAACAAUUGUUAACUUCGUCACAAGGGGUGAAGUCAAAUCUUGGAGGAAAUUUACACCCUGCACGCCCUCAACAUCAACCCCUUUCUGUGAUCGUCAGAUAUUCCGGAGAUAUGAAAAACUCGAUCUUAAUGAGGUAAUUGUUUCAGUUUCCAAUGAAAUUGACGUGAAAAUGGUUAAAUUUUGGACUGAAAUUGACAAUCGAGAGAAUUAAGAAAAUUGUAACCAAACAUUUAAAAUAAAGAAUAUAUAACAAAAA